AUGGCGCAGCCAAAUUACGAUGAUGAGGACUACUUUGUACCGCUUGAAGACCAACGCAUAUUCGGAGCGGGAAUAAAAAGAAAGCGUGUCCCUUUCGUUCGAGCAUCUGACGAUCUCCAUGCGACAACAACGACUGCUCCUUUGAAUAAUAAAUCAGCACGCAGUGUUGCAGACAUAUAUUCGGCAAUUGUGCUGUCUAAGAAGCACAAAAAGGAUACAAAUAAUGAGAAUAUACAGGAAAAGACUCCUGUAGCAGAGUCGGAGGACGAUGUUCCCACUGCGCCCAUUGCGACGACAUCGAAGACUACGAUCAACAGUCAACAAACAACUGAAACACAGCAAGACACUCUCACAAUCGCUAAGGGGUAUAUGUGCGAAAUAUGCAAUCUGCCAGUUACACAAACGACAGAGAACAAUAAUGACUCCGAUGCAGUUGAGGCGACAAGCAUAAAACCCCACGAAGCUUCAAUGGUCCACCAAAUCUGUCUUCAACACUCCCAUCCACCAUCCCAUCUCGACCGUACCCGCCACGGCCUCCGAUAUCUCACAUCCUACGGCUGGGAUCCCGAUAGUCGUACCGGACUAGGCGUAGAAGGUCGAACCGGUAUCCUCCAACCUAUCAAACCCAAAGCGAAAGCAAACACUUCCGGCUUGGGGCUCACGGCCGAAGACGAAAACGCUAUCGCAACAAGGAAUAAUUUACGAAAACAGCAACAGGAACAGCGGCAGAGACUUAAUGCAAAACAGGUUCGCCAGGGCCAGUUGGUGGAUAAGAAGAAAGGGGAGAAGUUACGGGAGUUGUUUUAUGCUAGUGAUGAUAUUCAGCGAUAUUUGGGUGAACAGUCUUCAGGUUUCCUAUAG